GACCGUGCCUUGAUGGGGCUGCUCGGCGGGCCGGCGCUUCCUUCGCCUUUCCCUCGAGCCGCCACUAUUUAAGAGGGCGACGGGAGCCGAGGCGGGCUCGCGGACGCUUCUCCACAUCGCCCGGCUGUGCGCGCUGCCUGAAAUGAGUUGCACAAUUGAGAAGGCCCUAGCUGAUGCCAAAGCACUUGUGGAGCGAUUGAGAGAACAUGAUAAUGCAGCAGAAGCCCUGAUUGAACAAACUACAGCUCUCAACAAACGAGUGGAAGCAAUGAAGCAGUACCAGGAAGAAAUUCAAGAACUGAAUGAAGUAGCAAGACACAGGCCUCGCUCUUCAUUGGUUUUGGGUAUCCAGCAGGAAAACAGGCAGAUCAGGGAACUGCAACAAGAAAAUAAAGAACUGCGUACAUCUCUUGAAGAACAUCAGUCUGCAUUGGAGCUAAUAAUGAGCAAAUACAGAGAGCAGAUGUUUAGACUGCUCAUGGCCAGCAAAAAGGAUGAUCCAGGAAUUAUAAUGAAGUUAAAGGAGCAGCACUCCAAGGAGCUACAAGUUCAUGUGGAUCAGAUUACAGAAAUGGCAGCAGUAAUGCGAAAAGCCAUUGAAAUCGAUGAGCAACAAGGCUGCAAAGAACAGGAACGAAUUUUUCAACUGGAACAAGAAAACAAAGGACUAAGAGAAAUCCUGCAGAUAACAAGAGAGUCAUUCCUGAAUCUCAAGAAAGAGGAUGCAUCAGAAAGUACCUCUCUGUCAGCAUUAGUAACAAACAGUGACUUGAGCCUGAGGAAGAGCUGAAGAUCCUGUGGAGACUCUUGAUGACAGCUAUCCAUACAACAGCUGAAAGUACUAGAGUUGACUUGUCAAGCAGUUGUUUUCCAAUGAGGCAUUUUUAAGUUAAUGCAUCCUAAAUUGAAUAACGAUUUGAUACUUUUAUACCAUGUACAGUACAUUAAAAGGACUUAUCUAAACUCAUUAUUAGUGUCCAAUAUUAGUUGAUAGCCAUAGAUACAGCAUCAGGAGAAAAUGGGUUAAGGAUGGCUGUGGAUAUUUUUAAUGAAGCUAGUCAAAUAAGUUUACAGGCUAGGCACAUGCCUAGAAAGUUCAAAAUGUUGGUCCUAUGUCAUACGUUCAUAAGGAACAAAAGCUUGCAGUCAAACAUACUUACAACAUUGACCCCCAUUCUUGAAGGAAAUCAGGUCUACAGAUUUUGCUUGGGCAGCACUGUUUUGGUGACUGGCUGCACAGUGCUGAUAAGCUUACAGUGUUAGCUUCUCCUUUCUCCCCUGAAAUAGUUCUGAAAAUUGAGUGUGCUUCUCUUUCUAAAAAAUACAUUUCUAAUAUGUUAAACAGGUGCCAUUAUGCUGUAAAAAGUAUAGUAUCCAGAAGAGUACUUACCAGACAUUGACUGCUGUAAGACAAAGGUAGGAACUGAGUACCUCAGUCAGCACUGUGCAUCUGCCAGAUGAGUGGUGUGCACAGUAAAACUUGGUGAAUCAACAUUUGGAGAACAGUCUUCCUUAGAGGUGAGGAAAAUUUGUGUGGCUGGUAUUAACAGACACAUCAGUAUAGAACUAGGGAGAUGUUAUUCCCAUUUAAGAGCAGCUGUUAACAGAAUCUGCAUACAGGGCUACUAGAAGGGAGACUAGAGGGUAAAUUUUCAGGGUCCCUGGUCACUUUAGGAACUUAUGUACCUUGGCAAGCCAUGUGAAUUGUUUGCAUAGGUUGUUCUUGGGACAGGGAAUCUUUUCUGUGGGUCAUGAUGGCUCUUGGCAGUUCCACUUGUAUUUCUGGUACACCUUGCACACAACCUUUCAGCAAACCAUGAUUGGUCAUAGCUGCUUCCACUGGAAGUUGGAAUGCGCUGUUUUAAGUCUAUGAAAUAAGAUCUAUUUCACUUUAUAUGAUAGCAGGACGCUUGCAGCAGGAAACCCAACGGCAAAACCUACAUGUAAACAAGGAAGCCAUUGAACACAUUGUGGUUUUAGAUGCUGAGUCUUAUGAGAUAAAUACAAUGUGCAAAGACACAACUUCAGUGCUAAAGGUGUUAAGAUUCUCAGAGAUCUAAUAUGACAUAUUCAGCUACUUAUAUAAUAAUGAAACACUUUGUAUUGCUCCAGAAAGAAGAUACCCGUUGGCUCUGACAACCAGUGUUUAGGGUUCUGCCCACAUGCUAAUUAACACUCUUUUCAAGGGGAUUUUCCAUAACCAGGUGCUAAGCAUCAUGGUAGGCUGCUCCCAAGGGAAGAUACAGAGCAUUUUGAAAGCAGAAACAUAAAAGCUUCUUGCAUAAUGUAAGGUUUUGGGUUUUUUUUUUACAAAAUAGGUACUGGGGAAAAAAUUGUACAUCAGUCUGCAAUCUCACAAUUGAGAAGACUGAUCAGAUUGUUUUAACUGCUUCAAAAUUAAUCUUUGGAAAUAGACUCAGAUGGCUUAGACAGCCUGCUUGAAAGCUGUCCUUUCAGUUUCAAACCCUUCACAAAAACCAAAUGAUUUUUUUCUCUGUUCUGAAAAAAAUGCCAAUGAUUUCCUUUACUGUAAGAAUAGAAAGCUAAAACUGAACAGGCUGUUGUGGGUUUUAUGGGCUGGGUGACCAUGGUCUGUAGUUUUUGCUGCUAACAUUUCAUACACAUUUACAGUUGGAAUCUUGAAAGGCAUGUCAUGGUAAGAUGCCUCACAUGGAUGCCUCAUGUGGAGUGUGAGGUCACGCUCUAUCUACCAUGGAGAGAAUCACAUCUUACCAUGGCUUGCCUCUGAAGGUGCCAGCCAUAGGAUAAAGUGAAAUAUUAGAACCUAAAACUACCAGAUCAUGGCCACACGGCCUGGAAAACCCACAGCAGCCACUUGAUUCUGGCCAUGGAAGCCUUCAACAAAAUAUAAAGCUGACCACUUUUGUUUCUCUCCAAAAUAAGCUGGAGAUCUCCAGUAAAUCCUUAAGGUAGUACAAUAUAGAAUAAAGUAUCAUCUAGAAACCUAUAUACAACAGCCCCUAACUUUUAUACAGAGAAUGGCAAUAAUUCUUAGUUACAGCUCGACAGAGACUUACCGGUACUUUAGCAUACUUCUGCAUUCACACCUGGUACAGUUCAUAUUAGCUGAUACGAAACCUUCACCAAAGUACAUGCAUGAAUAAUUUAACUGUCAUCUCAAUUCUAAACAUUUGCAUUAUUUCAUCUUAGUAUGGAAACUUACAAUGGUACAGGGUUUUUUUAAAAAAACUGGUAAAUGUAUUGCUAACUUCCAUUGUUUAUUUUCACUUCUUUUGACUUGAUGGCCUCCAAUCUUUUUUAAAUACCUUCUGUGUUGGAUCCUUAAUAAGUCCUGGUUGUGGACAGAAUUUUUAAACACUAAAGUCAAAGUCCACACAUUAGAACUGAGAUGAAGAGCCAUUUGCCCCUAUGACUGAAUUAAAUAUGUACUUCAUUGUAGUUUGAUGUGCAUAGAAAUUGUGUGUGAUAUGGGUUGGAUCUUACCAUCUUGAAUAGGGGUACAAGAGGAGAGCUAGUUGGGAAAGCAUGUAAUUCUGAUAGACAAAAAGCCAUUGAAGCUGCAGUAAGAAGAAUUGGGUGAUCACCCCUUCUUGACUUCGCCGCGCCCCAGUGGAAAAGUUGGUAAGGUCCAAGCCUAUGACCUUUCCAGGUACACUUUAGGGAAAAGAAAUAUUAGCCUAAGCACAAGAUUUUUAUACAACUUUUCCCUCUUGUUAAGCAGAGUAGGAUUUCUGGAAGCUAUCCCUAUCCCCUUUGUAAUUUAAAAUAUUUAUGUAAAUAAGAGUUCAACCACUAAGACUUAUUUUCUUUAUCUUUGGAUUGUAAAUUAGUUGUUAUCCUCUUACAUUUGAUACAGCAUGUCUAGGUGUAGUAUGUUUUUUGUAAAUGUGGAGAGUUUCAAAGUUAUGUAGUGAAUGGAAGUUGUUAACUUGUCAUAAUUUUUUGUGGAAAUAUUGUCUAAUAAUAAUUUGAAACUGUGAAUUGUAUCCAUCUAACUCAAGUCUUUAGGUGUUUGAGAGAUCAUCAUCUUUGGUCCAUGUGCAAACCCUAAAAGUUUAAGUUGCUUUCCCUGUUUGUGGCAUGACAAUGUUCCAUGUCUCGGUUUCAUAAUGCACAUGCUGAAAAUGAACUUGUGUUGGAAUGCAUCUUGUACAGUAAACUUAUUUUUAUCAGUAA